ACACGUUGGCCAAAACUAGUAAACAGAAAAACAAGCACUCAACCAGACGUUGGUGUUCCGGUCAGAUCCCAACAUUUCAGCCCUCUCUCAGUCACAGCUGCCUCAAUCUCUCUCACACACACACUCGCACGCCACCACAAACCACUACAAUAGUACCAUGCGCCAACUCAGCCCCAGCCGCCAAGGAUUGGUUGCGGCGGCGAGGGAUGAGACACGUUAGACGCCGAUGACGGUGUAUGCACUGGCGUCGUCAGAAAAACGCCGCCCAGUCGGUGUGCUGCGCCAGCUGCGUAUUCUAGAGCACACCACCGAUCCUGUACACCGAUCGCCAUGGCCAGAUUUUGGACCUGUGGAAAUGUGAGGAGGGUUGCACAUUCCCUCCACCCAAAUCGGAAGAGAUGCGGCUUAGAACUAAAUGGUGAUGGAGCAUUGAAUGUACUUGGGCCUUGUUACUUCCUACGCAGGAAAUUCUCACUGUAUAAAUUUUCUUUUAGAGAACCUUCCCCUUUUACUUUAUAUAAAGCAAAAGAGAGCAUAUCACGCAGUAGUGGUUUCAGAAACUUCUACGGCCUUGCAGCAAGUAAGACAAUUUCUCACCAGGUGCAAAUUGCUUGGAAAAGGUUUUCUCAGGUAUGUUCCUACAGUGGGCCAGCUGCAAAGCCAAUAUAUCAGAUUGCAUGUGCAGUGAGCCUUGCUUUGACGCGAUCAAAUGUAGUUGUCCCCGGUGUUAUUGCUAUCAUAAUUGGAGAGCUUGCUUGGACACAACAAACAUGGGCAGAAGCAGAAUACUUGCCAACAAGGGAUACAUUUUAUAUGCAUGCCCAAGAUGGACAUGUUUAUUUGACCUUGCUUGUGUAUUCAUUUCUGGAGGGUUUUAUCUUGUUUCUUAGGGCUAUUUAUUUAGCAAUUUUGUUCUCACCCUGCAUAGCUAUGGCUCCAUUUGCGGAUUCCCUUGGUGUUGAAUUUAGGAAAACAUGGCUCCACAUCGUUCAUCUUACACUUGAAAAGGCAGGUCCAGCAUUCAUAAAAUGGGGUCAAUGGGCUGCAACCCGACCAGAUCUCUUCCCCAGAGAUUUGUGUUCCAAACUUGCAAAACUUCAUAGCAAUGCACCAGCACAUGGUUUUGCAUUCACCAAAAACAGCAUUGAAAGGGCAUUUGGUAGAAAUCUGCAUCAAAUCUUUGAAAAUUUUGAUGAGAAACCUGUGGCAUCAGGAAGUGUUGCUCAAGUUCAUCGAGCUACACUGAAAUACAGAUAUCCUGGUCAGCCAAUCAAACCUGUUGUUGUUGCUGUGAAGGUUCGACAUCCAGGUGUUGGUGAAACAAUUAGAAGGGAUUUUAUGAUAAUUAAUUUUGUGGCCAAAGUCUCUAGGCUCAUCCCUGCUUUGAAAUGGUUGAGAUUGGAUGAAAGCAUACAGCAAUUUGGUGUCUUCAUGAUGUCUCAGGUUGAUCUUUCAAGGGAGGCUGCUCAUUUAAGUCGUUUUAUCUAUAAUUUCCGAAGAUGGAAGGAUGUGUCAUUCCCAAAGCCUCUGUAUCCCCUGGUGCACCCCUCCGUUUUAGUGGAAACUUAUGAACAAGGUGAAAGUGUUCUACAUUAUGUUGAAGAGCUUGAAGGCCAUGAACAAAUUAAAAGUGCCCUUGCUCGAAUUGGAACCCAUGCACUUUUAAAGAUGCUUUUGGUAGAUAACUUUAUUCAUGCGGACAUGCAUCCUGGAAAUAUUCUUGUACGAGCAACACAUAGCAAAACAUCACAUAAGCAGAUUUUUAGAUCAAGGCCUCACGUCAUUCUACUUGACGUAGGCAUGACUGCUGAACUUUCUAAGAAAGAUCGAGUGAAUAUACUGGAUUUCUUUAAGGCUGUUGCUCUUCGAGAUGGCCGCACUGCUGCAGAGUGCACACUUAGAUUGUCUAAACAACAAAACUGCCCAAAUCCAAGGGAUUUCAUUGAGGAAAUGGAUAAAUCUUUCAGUUUCUGGGACUCCCAAGAAGGUAAUGUUUUCCAUCCUGGUGACUGCAUGCAGCAAUUGCUUGAGCAAGUUAGGCGUCAUAAAGUCAACAUUGAUGGCAAUGUUUGUGCUGUGAUGGUAACCACUUUGGUGCUUGAGGGGUGGCAGCGGAAGCUGGAUCCAGACUAUGAUGUGAUGCACACAUUGCAAACAUUGCUAUUUAGAGCUGACUGGGCCGAGUCUCUCUUCUACACCAUUGAAGGACUCAUGGCACCCUAAAAGAGACACUUCAUUUGCUUGAAGAUGAUGUACCGCCCAAAUUGAAGAUGGCAUUUGAAAAAACCAGUUACAAAAAAAAGGGGGAAGGGAUGGCUUUGUUUUAUUCCUUUUUGCAUGGGAUAAAAAAUUGAAUGAUGGACCAAACGAAGUAAUCUCUUAUGAACUGAAUUGAGAAAACAUCAACGAUUGUUGUACUUCAUUUCCUGUCAACCUGUGUUGCAUCUUUGCUUUUAAGACUCAAAAAAUACAGAUUCUUCAUAUACUUGGCUUAGUUUGACAUGCUCAGUAUCGGGCUUUGCGAUCAGUGGAAGGGGAUGCUAUUGAGUGGGCCAUUACAUUACACAAAAUGAACACCGCUUGAUGUCACACCUUUCUGCUUGACAAGGUGCUACCUGUGACACUAGCCAUAAUGGUAUAGUUUCAUCGUUAUGUUUUUUUUUAGUAAGAAAAAUAGAGGGACAACAUACUUCUAGUGAAGAGUUUGGAGGUGGCCCAUUUUGCUCCAAAGCGGGCGCAGAAGUUUGCACUUCUAUGAAUUUUCUUAGAUUCCCAAGAGGGCAGGGAAGGUGAGGAGUUUACAUGAGAUGAUUGAUGAGAUCUGCCAGUCAAUGGUGUGCUGGGUGGUUGAGGGCAAGGAUAACUGAGAGAAUUGCCUUCCUAAAUGUAAGACUGAAGAUUAAGAGAGGCUUCCAUUUGGGCAGCACAAAGCUUCACCUAUGUUGGGAUCACAGGGAGGGCCUAUACAAGAUUGGGCUUGAAUAAUUUGCCCGAAACAGUCAUGGCACAUUGCAGCUUGCAUGGAGAAUUUGUCACGGAUGGCAUUGUCAAAGUUAAUCUUAAAAACAUUGGUCGGAGGAGGGUCCCAGGCUCCCAGCAAUGGACAGGGGUGUUGGAGGACUUUUUCUUCCGUGUUGUAUGCUCUAGCAAUUCUUUAUUAUUAUUAUUAUUAUUAUUUUAAUUUGGCUAGUCAUAGGCUUUUUAAGAGCAAAGGCGUCCAAAGGCCAAAAUGAUUCCCUCUAAAUUACACUAGGCAAAAAAAAACACAGCUAAGAAAGUUGUGCUUGAGAGAUUCCUCUUCACUUUUGCAAAGGGCACAAAGAAGAUCGGCGCUAGAAGGGGAGAUGAGGAAAUGAGAUGCGAGCGUACCAUGGAGAGAAGGAUGUUCCAAGAGAUUUUCCAGAGGAGUAACUUUAACCUUUCAUGUAGGUUAAAUGGACCUCUGAUCAUCUUGGAGGGGGUUGGCAGACUUUGUAAAGAAAUCCCCUGUAGAGAAAUUCCCAGACGGAUUUUGGACCCAGAUGAACUUGUCCUAGAGAGCACUAGAAGAGGUUCAUGGGUAUCGGAAAACUGACUCACACCAAUCCAAUCAACCCGAGUCACCUAGGUGCUACUUAUGGUGGUGGUCACCGUGGUGUGAGAUAUCGCACA